AAUAAACUGGUAUGUCAUCCUCCAAUGUCUUAUCACAUAAAACACAAAAACGCUGCCCUGUUGCAUGUGCAUAGUGCACCGGGACCAUAAAGUCGUCAGCGGUCACUAUACUUAACUUUUGCUGCAAUACAUUCGUUGUUACUUUGGAGAAGCAACAGUGUCACCGGUGUGUUAGAACUCGUGUUUCCUCGUCAGUGAAAGUUGUGCAAUGGGCAGGUUCGCGGCAAAACAAAGACAACGCGAGACUUCCUUGACGCUUUCUAUACGUUGAGAGGAGACAGCGGCGGUAGCGUGCGCCAUGUGAGCUGCAGCUCCCAGCUGCUGUACCUCGGCGUGCUGACGGACACGUGAUGAGGAGAUGAUCAAACACAAACAAACACGAGUCUGAUAUAAACUCUGCACAUUUAUUAUCCGCUGUCAGACAGACAAUGGAGGAUUAGGUGCCCACCCUGUAGCAACCCUCACCCCCCACUCUAGGCCAGAUAAGAGGAACAAAAUUAGGUAAUGAUCUGAGCCUAUUUGAAAAAAGUGCAUACACAAUACAAAAACAAAAGUCAAUAAAGUAUAUAGAAAGAAUAGCUCAUUAUAAGAUAUAAGACAAUUUCCUCCGGGUAUCUUCUUCUUCUUAUCAUUAUUGUUGUUGUUAUUAUUUUUAUUGUUAUUAUAUUAUAUUGCUGCUUUUAGAGGACAACCUAUUAAUCAAGAGCUGCCUUCUAAGCCACAAAGGCCCUUUUUAAAUUUAAAUCUUUUGAUUUUAUAUUUGGUGUCCAUUGCAGAAAUGAACAUAGAAUAACAGUGAUAAUCAUACAUCAUACAAAAUGUUAUGUUUACUUUCUUAGAGAACUGCAAGAUGGACAAUGCUGCGGUUGUGAUUCCAGACUUCAACAAUGACAAAACAACCCACUUCCAGUUGGUAAAAUGGGCCAACAGACUGCUGAAGACCAACUUCAAGAAUGUGGGGGAGAUGGGUUCAGGUGCGUGCCACUGUCAAAUCAUGGACUGUGCUGUUCCGGGUUCCAUUGACAUGAGCAAGGUGAAAUUUGAUGCACAACAUGAAGAGGACUUUGAGCACAACUUCAGUCUCCUGCACGAGGCCUUCAGCAAGCACAGUAUCACACAGAUUAUCCCAAUUAAGACACUUGUAAAAGGGGAAUUUCAAAGCAAUUUUGAAUUCCUGAAGUGGCUGAAAGUUUUCUGCACAGCAAAUGUUAAACGUGACAAAUACGACGCUGUAAAGGCCCGGAACAGCCAUAAUAUCAGGCCGAUUGUGACACCCCUUCAAACAUGGAGCUCUAAAUUGGAUACGGAAACAGCGGACAGCAGUGAUGAGACUAAAGACUUCCCAUACACUGAGAAGUGGAAGGGUGUUUUUGAGUGGGCUGAACGUAGUACGCUUGGAGAGGACUAUACCUACUGCCUGAUUUGUACCAGAAGCCUAAACACGUGUCAUGAAGGCCUUGUUGUACUCCAGAAACAUGCGGAAACAAAGAAACACAAGAAACGCUCUAAAACCUACAAGAGCUCUGACCAGCAACACCAAAGCUCUGAGCCGCUGCCCUGCAGUGAUGCAGCAAUACUGUUUAUUCACAAACACUGUUCCCUUGGUUCUGCUAAUCGUGAACAAGUACCCAAAAUUUUUGCCCGCUGUAAGCUGGGGUUGCAGUAUCCCAAAGACAUUACAUCUGCUUGCCAGACGACUCCCUACUGUGUAUACAUUUAUGAAGGGGUAACGGUGGGAAAGGAUGACACAGUCUCAGUGGUUCUUGUUGGGUUUUUCAAUGCCCUAUCGUCCAGGUUCUGCAUUCGAUUUCUGGAUGCUCUUCAGUCAGGAGAUCCAACACCAGCAGCAACAGUGUUGGGGACCAUUAAAAAAUUUGGGCUGCCUACAAACAAUCUUGUUGCUGUCUAUUGUGACAGUAACGGACAGGCUUCAGAGCAGAUGUGCUCACAGCUCAGGGAAAUCAAUCCAAACCUAGUAGCCUUAGGAGGCUUGUACACCAUUGCUGACGCUGCUUGUCAUGCAGGGCUCAAGCAGCUCUCCAAUCAAGCUCAAGAGUUGAUGGCGGACAUGCACGCCUACCAUGCCUCAUGCUGUACAAAGAAUGACAACCUCAGUGCUCUUUUUGGCUCAGAUGUCACUGUGGACAGUCCGCCAUUUCAUCUCAACACCAGUUGCCUUAAGUUUUGCAUGUUGGUCACAAAAGUGUUGGAAAUAUGGAAUGAUUUUAUAGAGUACUUUAGCUCUUGUGACAAGGAUGAUAAGAAAGCCAAGUUAAUCUGCUCCCAGCUGCAGGAUCCUAAAGUCAAGGCGACAUUUAUGUUCCUGGAGUGGGCACUAAAGCCCCUGAUAAAUUUUGAAAGGCAUCUACAAACGCGAGAGAAAGCUUCUCGUGCUGAUGUGCUGCUCAUCUUAGAGGAAGCCAGUAACCUGCUGUGCACAUACACUUCCUACUUCCUUUGUCCACAAGCUGCCACUCGCUUCCUAAAGGAACACGAUGUCCAAAUUCUCAAGAACAAGAAAUUCCACUUGUCAAGCCCUGAACUCAAUCUAGGUGGCAAAGCUGUGGAAGACACCUUGAAUGAAUGUGACACUGCAGAGGCAGUGCCACUGCUAAAAAAACAGAUGCUGUCCUUCUACAUUGCACUAACAAGUUGCAUAGCAAAGGAGCUGCCUCUAAGUGAUGGGGUGUUAAGGAGCAUAGCUCAGCUGCUGAAUACCCAGAGCAGGCUGAAAGUGACAGGGAAGGCAGUAGGGGAGCUUGGGACCAAGCUUGGGCUCUGUAACACUCCAGAGGAAGUCAGCCAGCUCACAAGUGAAUUCCUUGAGUACCAGCUGGCUGAGGAGGGACAGAAUGAAGAGGAGGAGAAGGACAAGUCAACAGAUGUUUCACUGGAGCAGCACUGGGCCAGCGUAUUGAAGGACAUCAAGCCGAGCUCAUUGUUCAGGAAGCUUGUUUUGAGCCUGUUGUGUCUCCCCUGUCCACCUCUUGAUGCGCAGCAGGUUUUUGCUCAGGCUCUAGAAAAUGGAAAUACUGAGCGGUCUUCUAAAAGCGAAGUCCUGAAAGAAACCAGCGACACGACAUCUGACAGUGAAUUCUCUGAUAGCAGCAGCAGCACACGUCACACCAGGGUUAAGAAGGGUGCAGAACUGAAUGGCCUCAAACUGACAGUGAGGCCAUGUGAAGUCCGGCUUAAAAAGCUGAAUUACCAGUGGGUUGACUGUCAUGCUACACCUGGAGAAAAUGGGGUCUCAAGGAAACAGGGGACCAGUAGGGGAGGUUUGGACUGGGAGAACACCUUGCGCCAGAAACCACAGGCUCGCACAGUGUUCCAGGCUGGUGCUUGCACCUGGUCCAAACCCCUUGGUCCUGAUAAGGUUAACAGAAAGGGUCUGGAGUCUCAAGAUGAGGGGGCAGAAGAAUCUUCAGCGUCCAGUAAAACAUCAAGAUCAACAUCAGGACAGCGAAAAAAUGCCUACCAGGAUGGGAAAGGAUUUCUGUCAGGAGAGCUGAUCUGGGGAAAGGUGAAGGGGUUUUCCUGGUGGCCGGGGAUGGUGACCCCCUGGAAAACGAAAUCAGCUCCCCCCGGUAUGCGGCGGGUGGAGUGGUUUGGAGACGGGAUGUUCUCAGAGAUCUCGUCUGAGAGUUUACUGCCGUUUAGUGUCAUAAGUAGGUGCUUCUGUAAAAAUUCCUUUGCCUCUCUGCCCAUUUACAAAGAUGCCAUCUACCAGAUAAUUGAGUUAGCAGCGGAGCGAUGUGGGAAGUCCUUUGCUGCAACUGAAGGAAAUAAAGAAAAAGAGAUGAAGCUGAUGCUGGACUGGGCUUUUGAAGGUUUUCUUCCUACAGGACCUGAAGGAUUCCUGCCCUCUGAUUCUGUUGCACACCUUGACUCCACUGACUCUUCUGUAUCUGAAUACCAGCCGCCAGCAAAAAGAAAAUAUGGCUUUAAAAAUAAGGCAAACACUUCUUACAACAAAGAAUCAAUAAUAAAAGGGGUCAAAGAGAAAGGCAAAACAAUUGAGGAUUUUUGUUUGUCUUGUGGAUCAUGUGACAUUGACGUGCAGCACCCACUCUUUGAAGGUGGUCUCUGUCCGAGCUGCAGGGUGAACUUCACGGAAACAUAUUAUCGCUAUGAUGAAGACGGCUACCAGUCGUAUUGCACUGUGUGCUGCGGUGGCUUAGAGGUCAUUCUGUGUGGAAAUACCAGCUGCUGCAGAUGUUUCUGUAAGGACUGUCUGGACGUCCUGGUGGGCCCAGAAACAUUCAACCAGGUGAAAUCCAUUGAUCCCUGGAGCUGCUACAUAUGCAAACCAUCAGAUUGUAAAGGAAACCUCAAACUCAGACCGGACUGGAGUGUUAGGGUCCAAGACUUCUUUGUCAACAACAGCGCCAUGGAGUUUGAGCCUCAUAGAGUUUACCCCUCUAUCCCUGCUGAUAAGCGCAGACCACUCAAGGUCCUCUCACUUUUUGACGGCAUUGCAACAGGAUACCUAGUGCUGAAAGACCUGGGACUCAAGGUGGAGCGCUACAUUGCUUCAGAGAUUUGUGAUGACUCGAUUGCUGUGGGGAUGAUCAAGCACGAGGGGAAGAUCGAAUAUGUGAAUGAUGUCCGCACCAUCACAAGGAAACACUUAGCUGAAUGGGGUCCCUUUGAUCUUCUGAUUGGAGGCAGUCCAUGUAACGACCUGUCCAUGGUCAACCCUCUUCGAAAAGGAUUAUUUGAGGGCACUGGAAGGCUUUUCUUUGAGUUCUACCGCAUACUGACCUUGCUGAAGCCAAAGGAGGGCGACGACCGUCCGUUCUUCUGGUUGUUUGAAAAUGUGGUUUUCAUGAGUGCCAACGACAAAUCAGACAUCUGCAGAUUCCUUGAGUGUAAUCCAAUUCUGAUUGAUGCUGUUAAAGUCAGCCCUGCCAACAGAGCACGGUACUUUUGGGGAAACCUCCCUGGAAUGAACAGGUACACACUAAUACACAGUCAUAAUUCCUUCAAAUUUUCACACUGGAAGACAAAAAAAAUGUUUGGCUUACAGGUGAAUGUGCUUUUUUCUAGACCUCUUGCUACAUCUUUAGACAACAAAGUGAUGCUCCAGGACUGCUUGGAAGUUGGACGCACAGCGAAGUUUGACAAAGUACGCACCAUCACAACAAAGUCAAACUCCAUAAGGCAGGGGAAGAUGGGACCCCUACCUGUCACCAUGAAUGGCAAGGAGGAUUAUCUGUGGUGCACUGAGAUGGAGCAGAUUUUCGGCUUUCCCAAACACUACACAGAUGUAAACAAUAUGGGCCGGAUGCAACGACAGAGAGUCCUGGGUCGCUCUUGGAGUGUCCCCGUCAUUCGCCACCUGUUCUCCCCACUAAAGGAUUAUUUUGAAUGUGAAUGACAGUGAAGCAGCAGAGGUACAACUACAGCCUUAUCCUGCCCUGCAUUGCCUUGGUAGUUCAAACUCUCCUGUCUUUUUUUUAGAAAGACUUAGUUUAGCAGUUAUUAGUUUUUGUGUUCUCAUGAGCGCCUUCCAUUCUGUGACUUGUCAGUCAUCUGACAAGCCGUCAUCACCAGCAGGCACAAACGAUUUUCACAUUCACUGAAAAUGAUGGUGCUGUGAUUAAACAGUGAUUCUUCCUAACAUGAACCUGUAUCAUGAAACAAGAUUAGAAUGUUAUGCAGCCACCUUUGCACUUGGGUUGUCUGGUAUCAUGAAGCUGGUUCAAAUCCUCCUUUCAUCAUUUUUACCUCAUCAUGAUGCUGAUUUUGUUUGGUUGGGAAUCAGUUUCUCAGCCAAGAUAAAUAUGUGACAGAGGGAACAUAAUUUUAGCACAACCAGCUACACACAGUAAUGGAUGGGCGUUACAGUGGCACAUUUAUUUCAGGAAGUUCAGGAAGCCUUAAUCAGCAUUUUUACAUUAUUAAUGAAACACAUGGUGUACUGUAUGUUGCCCCAGCCGUUUGGCACAGUGCAUCGCACUCCUGUCGCCCAGGUCGCAGGUUUAAUCGCUUCAGUGAGGGGCUGAGUCAGGAAGGGCAUCCGGUGUAAAAAACAUGCCAAAUCAACCACGCGAAUCAUUCGCUGUGGCGACCCCUGACGGGAUAAAGCCGAAAGGUGUUCUGGUGUACUGUAAGUUGUAAUUGAGACGAAUGCUACUCAUCAUCAGACUCUGUAGGCUGUAGGAUUUCUAUAGGUAGCAUUGCUUCAAACCAUCUAUUCCACCUUCAGCAGGCAAACAUCAUAGAAAAGGAAACAAGUUUAUAUAUUUGCAUUUUAUUCCUGACGUUUCUAUUGUAUGUAGAUUGUGUACGAAGGUUUGAUAACCAGCCUCAUGAUAUCAAAUUACCAGUGUCUGGUUGAACCCAGAGAGGGCUGUUAAACUUCCUUCGUGAUGUAGGUCCCAGGUCUCUACCUCAACACUGAUUUAUAGGUUAAAAUCCGCAGUUACACUUUUUAUCUUUUUUUAUUUAUAAAAGAACUUAACUUUCGUUCUGUGUUUUAUAUUUUAAGUCUUGUGUAAUCAUGUUUAUCCUCAGCAGUAAAAUUAAUGAAUUUAUCAACUUGCCAGUUUUUAAUCUACUUUUUAAGGUGUGUCGCAACAAACAAUUAAAUCACUGUGGUGCUCCGGUGAUAACCUCACUGGGUUUGAAUUUGGGUUAACAUUUAAACUGUUCAAAAGGUAUUUAUACAAGACCAAAAAUAUAUUUGUUGCUACACAUUUUUAAUAUUGCAGUAGGUUGUGUUUUUGUGUUUUCGAUUUACUUUCAUAAGUGAAAGUGGAGGGGAUUUACAACAUUGACAAGCUUUGUAAUUCAAAAAUGCAAUAAUACGAAUUCACCAAUCAGUGAAAAGAGUAAUAGCAAAAUAUUAAUAACUGUAAAAAAACAAUAGAAAAAAAGUUAUAGUUAGAAAUAGUGUGACAACAACAAAAAAUUAUUAUAAUUAUAAUUUGGAAAAGAAUUUAAUGAAAAAAUUCUGUCAUAAAUAAAGACAAAUUCCAAAAAUCUGAUGCUCCUCAAAUUUGAACAUUUUCAAAUAAGAUGAAAGAAGCUCAAAUAUUUAACUAAUUUAGAUUUCAUGAAAAAUGACAUUUGAUAACUGUAAACCUGUUAUUCAAGCAAUGUCCUUUAACACCGUAGUGAGAACUGACCCAGUAUUAGUUAGAAUGACUGUAAUAUUUGUGUUUAUUUUAUGUGUGAUUUUAAUUGACAGCAUUUGUAAUUGUUCUAAAGCUUGUCCAGUAUUGUUCAGGUGUCCACAUGUACCUGCAUGGUGGACAAGCAUAAAAGGAAAUCUGGCAACAACUUUACCUCACUGAUUGUCUGAAUGGUGCUACACUAACGGUGCUAAUGAUGGAUGUGACGUUUGGGUUUUACAUUUACUUUUUCAUCCGCACCAGCAAUUUUUUUUUUUUUUUUUUUUUGAUAGACUUUGUUAACUGACUGCAUGUUUUUAAGUGAUAUAGCAAAACAAUAAUGUGAAAUAUGGUUAAAUCCUGUGAUGAAAGCAACAAAUGACAGGUCAGAUAAAAAUUAAGAUGUGAAUAAGGGCUCUUAAUAUUUUUUCAAUAUUGUCUUAUGCUGUUCAAGUUUGUUUCAUUUCUUUUGGGUAACAAAUUUCUCAUUUUGACUUUAGCUGCUACUUUGCCAAGGUUAAUAAAAUGCAGUCCAGAAAAGAA